AUGCAUCCUGACAACGAGAGUAAUACACAUGGCGGGGGCUGGAACCAGUCCAGCUCCAAGGACACGCUUCUCAAAUCCUUCGAUGGGUUUUCAGAUGAUGUGAAGACUUUGCUAGAAAAGGCUAAUCUGGACGGCGUGACAGUGUGGAGAUUGCUUGACCACCCCACACUUCCAACAUGGAUCAAGGGGCGCCCAUUCCUCCCUUACCAAGGCCAAGGCGGUGCUCAAGCAGUGGAAGAUGGAGCGGCAUUAGGUGCACUCUUUCCGCCAGGAACACUGACAUCGGAUGUAGAGGACCGAUUGAAACUAUACUUCGAGUGCCGCUCAGAGCGAGCAACCAUGAUCCAGGAGUACACGCGAGCACCUACGUUGAAGCUCGGCCAUAGCAACCUCGGCCAUAGGGAGACCACAAAUUCCCUAAGAUUUGUGGCCUUCAACUUCGAUCAUGACGCCCAUGAUUUUGCCUGCGGCGUCUUAAAACUGCAUUUUGAGUCCCGUGCGACCUUUCACCGCAUGCCGCUCGGCUUUGGACCGGGCCCUGGACUAGGAAACGAUUUUGGUGGAGGGCCUCUCGGUAUAGAUCGAUCCAUCACGUAUCAUACCACGUAUAUGACGUUCAAAAGUAGGAAAUCCUAUCUGCAGAUACUAAUGCCAACCAAGGAGUUCCGUAUUGACACGGGGAAUGGAUGGGCUACUGCGACUUUUUCUAUCACCAAGCUCAGCAACCUUGCAUGGCUGGGCGGCCGGGGCUACAGCCAUUUCGACCUGUACGUCCAUGACGUCGUUUACACGCAGCAUCAGCAGGAGAAGCUCGAGAAGCGUGGUGACUUGCUGGUAGUGCGAUUCGAGAAUAUGGCAGACCCGAUCAUCAUGUGUCAGGAGCUCGGAUUCCCCAGUAUCUUCGCGACCCUGGAAGCCCAGCGGACAGACGACAGCUACAACCUGAGUGCCGGCUGGGAAGGCACCGAGUUCUGCGGACUCAGACUAGAUGGGCUUACUGCGCAAGAGCCUGGCCCUGUAGCCGUGAGACCGCCUAUAUUCCCAAUUGAAGACUGUAGAGGCCCACAUGGAGCUGGGAGUUUUAGAGGCACAGUGCACCACGGCCUCACAGCCGAUACAUGUUGA